CCUCUGAAUGCUAACCGUUUCUGUAUUUGUGUUUUUGUACAGAUUCAUCAGGGCACGGUUCCUGUCUCAUAUACUGUUACUACUGUAGCACCACAUGGGAUCCCACUUUGCACAGGACAGCACAUCCCAGCGUGUAACACGCAACAAGUUCCAGGAUGCUCAGUUGUAUUUAGUGGGCAGCAUUAUCCUGUGUGCAGUGUGCCACCCCCGAUGCUCCAAGCAUGUUCUGUACAACAUUUGCCAGUCUCAUAUGCUGCAUUUCCUCCUCUUAUCUCAAGCGAUCCCUUUAUAUUGCACCCUCAACAUCUGUCGCCCCACCAUCAUCCUCACGUGCCACCCCCGGGCCAGUUUGUUCCAUUCCAAACACAACAGUCACGGUCGCCUUUACAAAGGAUAGAGAAUGAGGUGGAGUUACUGGGAGAACAUCUUCCUGUUGGUGGUUUUACUUAUCCUCCAUCACCACACCCGCCUACCCUUCCUCCUUCUGCGCCACUCCAGUUCCUGCCACAUGACCCUCUGCACCAAGAACUGCCCUUUGGAGUACCAUAUCCUCAUUUCAUGCCUCGAAGACUGACAGGACGCAGAUAUCGUUCGCAGCAACCCUUACCACCUCCACCUUAUCAUCCUAGCUUUUUGCCAUAUUUCCUAUCAAUGCUUCCAGUACCCCCUGCUGUGGGACCAGCUUUUAGUUUGGAAUUGGAUGUUGAAGAUGGUGAAGUGGAAAACUAUGAG